CAUCUUCCCCACUCGUAUCAUCCUUUCGCUUCGCACUUUCUCUACGUUUCUGCAACAUACGUUCUUUGUUUCCUCUAACUUUCUCAAUGGCCGACCAGACGCCGUUAAAGCGCCAAAGAGAAGAAACCCAUAUUCCAGAUGAAGAAACCAAACGCCAUAAGUCAUACAAUCACAUACUCUCUUUGCUUGAAGCCGAAGAAGACGACCCAAACCAUGAUUUGUCUUCUCUCAUCACUGCUUUACAACACGAGCUCUAUUCCGAUAACUCCCUUCCUUUCCCAACACCUAAUACCUUAGACGCCGACCGACAAAAUCCCAGGGCUACGACCACGACAGAGGCGACCAAGCCCAUCACCGACACCACAGAAGAUAUGUCCCUGAAAGAAGACGGGGAAAACCAGGACGAUAAAGAGCAAGUCAUACGGCAUUUGCUUGAAGCUUCCGAUGACGAGCUUGGGAUUCCGAAUAGAGAAGAUAUUUUCGAGUUUGAACAAGGAUUUGAAAAUGGUGGAAACGGGCCUGCUUUGUGUGAUAGGUUAUGGGAGCUUGAGGACGAGGCUGCUAAUUUCUAUACCUUGUUGCAGUCUGAACUUUUCCUGUAGGAAUGGCUUUAGUAAGGA